GCUAGGGGCGAGGAGGGUAGGUUGAGCCAGUAGCUGGCAGGUGAGACGGCUGCUUUUACAGUGCACGAGAGACGGUGCUGGCGAAUCGUUUCUUGGAAUUUGUACUGUGGAUUGAAAACACAAGUAAAACGAGUGAAGGCAGCUUUAAAAAUAGCAUUUUAUUAGUUAUCUCGACAGGCGCGGCAGAUAAAGGUACACACGGGUCAGUAAUGAACAAGUUACGGCAGAGCUUUCGACGGAAGAAAGAUGUCUAUUUGCCAGAGUCAAGUCGCCCGCACCAGUGGCAGACUGAUGAAGAGGCAGUGCGUAGUGGAAAAUGUAACUUUACGGUCAAGUAUCUUGGUUAUGUGGAAGUUGAUGAAUCCCGUGGAAUGCACAUUUGUGAAGAUGCAGUGAAGAAGCUGAAGACGGACAGGAAGUUCUUCAAAGGCUUCUUUGGAAAAGCUGGAAAGAAGGCUGUGAGAGCUGUCCUCUGGGUUUCAGCAGAUGGACUCAGGGUUGUCGAUGAUAAAACAAAGGACCUGAUUUUGGACCAAACAAUAGAAAAGGUGUCCUUUUGUGCACCUGACAGAAACUUUGAUCGAGCUUUCUCCUACAUCUGCAGGGAUGGUACAACACGGCGCUGGAUAUGCCACUGCUUCAUGGCUGUGAAGGACUCGGGAGAACGUCUGAGCCAUGCUGUAGGUUGUGCUUUUGCUGCCUGCCUAGAAAGGAAGCAGAAGAGGGAGAAAGAAUGUGGAGUAACGGCAACUUUUGAUAACAACAGAACUACUUUCACCCGGGAGGGAUCUUUCAGAGUAACCACAGCAACCGAGCAAGCAGAGAGGGAAGAAAUAAUGAGGCAAAUGCAGGAAACCAAGAAAGUGGAAGUAGAAGUGAAGACCCCGGCUCCACCUGUAACAACAGCUCCUUCCAUAGUGAACCCAAUAGCUUCAACUGCCACCUCAGCGUCUCCUGCCUCUUCUCCUCAGACAGGCGUCUCUCAGGAUACUAACCCACAUGCUAUCCCACGACGACAUGCACCUAUGGAAGCCCUUGCUCGCCAAGGUUCUUUUCGAGGUUUCCCUGCCCUGAGUCAGAAAACAUCUCCCUUCAAAAGGCAGCUGUCUCUACGCAUGAAUGAACUGCCAUCCACAAUGCAGCGCAAAUCAGACUUCCCCAUGAAGAACUCUGUCCCCGAGGUAGAGGGCGAGGCAGACAGUAUCAGCUCCUUGUGCACCCAGAUUGCCACUGCCUUCAUUGCUCCCCCUGAAGACCCCUUCUCUUCAGCGCCCAUGUCUAAGCCUGUAUCCUCUCCACAGUCUCCAGCUUCUCAAGUGAAUGGUGCUGCUGUGCCUGGAUUACCACUGCCUCAUGAUAACUCAGCAGGUACCGUCGUCCUGAUCCCCCCACCACUACCUGCUCGUGACACCAACCCCUGGGCACAAGGUCAAGGUGGCACUGCUGCACUGGCUAUGCAAGCUCCACCUAUUAAGGGAUUUUCAUUGGGGUGUCAAACUCAGAUACUGGAGGAUGGUCAUGGCUCUGGUGAGUGGAAGAAUGAAGUUACGACAAGCCCCUCUGUCCCCAUUGCAACAACAUCAACAACAGUAAUGACAGCAGCAGGGUCGAAUCACAAAAGAACUCCCUCCGAAGCAGAUCGCUGGUUAGAAGAAGUAUCAAAGACGAUUCGAGCUCAACAGCACCCACAAAUGGCACAAAUGGCUUCUGCUGGAAUGAGCAUACCACCACCUAUACAGCAAUUUCCUGUUGGCACCUUCAUGGCUCCUCAACCUCCUGUCGUUCCUUUGAUUCCCCCAAGGCAUCAACCAGCCUUCAUCCCCGCUCCUGCCCCGAGCUACCCAGUGGCUAAUGGCAUUCCCUAUGCUCAUCCCAGCGUCCCUGUGGUUGGCAUCACCCCGUCUCAGAUGGUUGCACAUGUUUUCGGCACAGCCACACACCCGCAGAUGGCCCCCCAGCCGUCCCCUGUCAAUUUCUCCAAACAGAGCUCUUUUCCUCAGUAUGAUGGAAGGUCGAGCACCAGUCCGUUCUUCAAGCCUGAGCAGCAGCCGCCUCAGCAUCUGAAUGGCACUGCCACGUUUAAUGGUGAAGAUAGCUGGGGACAGCCUACGCUUGCACAGCAGGUGGAUCCCUUUGAAGCCCAGUGGGCAGCACUUGAGAGCCGAUCCCGGCAGCGCACUUCUCCUUCUCCGACAAACCCCUUUUCCAGUGAUUUGCAGAAAACUUUUGAGAUUGAGCUUUAGAGCAGAUUUGAGUUAGGAAAGUCUUAACUCAUUAACUUGAAAACUGGAGUAUAGAAAAGUAAAAUAUAAAUCAUAUAAUAUAUUGGAGGUGGCAAAUGGGAAUGAGGAUCUGCUUUGCAUCGUGCUUUGUUUUUUUUUUGUUUUUUAGCUGUUUAAAUUCCCAGAGCAGUAUCUGAUACCUACACGAGAAGAGACCUGUGGAGCUGAAGCGUUUCAAACUUGUGUUUAAUUUGGAGUCCGUUUGACCUACGAGUGCCCGCUUUCUUUGGUCUGAUUUCUUUUUGAAAGAGUGAGGGGGAUAUCAGGACCCCCGUUUAUGUUAAGAUACCAGAGACCUGAAGAGCUUCCAUUUUAAACUUGAGACUUAAGGAAAUGAGAAUGCCAAAUGUUUAUUUUUAUGCAUUUAGUGUAUAUUUUAAAUAGCUGAGAAAUUAACAGGAAGAGAUGUAAGUAAUCUUGCCAAAGGUAAGCUAACUGCUGCGUGACACGUGUAUACUGUAUAUAGAGCUGAUUUAUCUCUGAUUCUGUUGUAAGUGAGAUGGGCGGGUAUUGUUGUCCUCUGAUUGGACGUUUCCUGUUCUACUGUUAGUUGUUUGAAAUUGCAGUAACAAUCAUAACCACUUGGUAGCGCACCUGUAUCUCUGUUAAGAGCAGUAUUGUCGUGGUGGCUUGAAUCCAGGUUUUUUGUUUUCUUUCAUUUUUUGUUUUCUUUUUGUUAAGUCUUAAAUGUAUUUUUAUGGAUUUUUAACACUAUUGUCAAUUUAGUGCUCUAUUUUUUUUUCUAAAAUUGCAUUUGCACAAGGUUAAAAUGUUGAAGAAUUAGGGCUUUUUAACCCUUAAAUAGUUCUAGAGCAAAGGUUUUAACCUUUGAAAAAUGUUUAAAAAUCUGAGUGUGUGCUGAUGACAUACACGAUACACACGCAUGUAUGCUGUACAGGAAGAAGGAAGCUUUUCUUUCCAUUUGUUCUAUUUCAGUAUAAGCCUUACAAUCACUGUAAUCAGGUUUUGACCAGAUUGAAUAAAGAAUGGUGAUAGAAAACAA